AGCUGACGCUGGUGUUUACAGCUGAGAGAAGUAUCUGCUGAGCACAAAUCUACACAAACGUGGAAAAGCCUUAAACCCCGCGGAACAGAGGACGUUACCCGACCCAAAAGCAGACAUGAUGUGUUGUAAAUGAGUCGGGUCCCAUGCGAGGCUCCUCGCUACUCCUCUCUGUCAGGCCAUCGUCCUGCCCCGGAGUCCUGCACCAGCAGUGGGUCCUGGUUCUGCCUGGUGCAUGUAGCCUUCUUUAGCCUCCUUCACCUUCGCCAUGUGGCUCAAGCUGCUGUUCUUGACGCUGUACUUGUUGGUCCUGUUCGUGCUGUCUCGUCUGUUCGAGGCUGUGGUGUGGUGUGAGGCUGGAGUCCUGGCCACGCAGCUGGUGGACCCGGUCACUCUGAGUUAUACCAGGCUCAGGACCAUCCUGGAGGCUCGGGGUUUGGCCUACUCCGCCCUGGCUCAGAAAGAGGAUGUCCGCGAGCUGGUGGAAAAAUCAGGUAAGUAG